AUGAACGCUACCGAGGUUCGACAACAAGUCGGAUUUCUGACCCUACCACGUGAGAUCCGCGACCACAUACACCUCAACCUCAUAGUCGUGGAACAUCCAAUACAGUACGAUACACAAUUUAAAAGCUUGUCUCGGAGCGACACCUUCACGGACAGGGCGAUAAUGUGGAUGUUUGAAGUUGCCUCAAACACUCAGAUCGCACGAGAAGCCCGCGAGACUUUCUACCAACACAACACCUUCCUCAUCUACACCCAUGACAUCCCGGCCCGCCUCAGUGCAAAGGUCCAUACUGUGUCAUUUGGAGCUGCGGAUGGUGUCGAGCCAACAACUUAUAGUACACCCUUCGAGGCUGGCGCGUGGGUGAGGAAGCUCGCAGUCCGCGUGGGUUGGCAUGCAUCAGGCGGCUGGUUCCCCGAUGAGUGUUGCCGAAAUCCUGCCCAUGAUCUAGAACCUUUAAAGUCGGCAUGA